UUCUGGGCUGAGGCCGGGAGAGGGGGGCGCGCCUGCGCACAACGGGAGCCCCAUCUGCCUGUGUGGUGGCGGCGGCGGCGGCGGUGGCGUCUGAGGCAACAGCAGGAAGCUGCCCAUCGUCCCGGGGCCGCGGCUUAUCUCGAUCCCUGCCCGGUCGGCCCCCUGAGUCCCCUGCCUCAGGCGCUCCCUGCCUCAGCCCCAGGCAGAGGAGCGGAGCGGAGCAGCCAUGUCUUUGGACCAGUACGAGAGACACUGUGACUCCAUCAACUCCGACUUCGACAACGACUCGUCCAGCAGGAGCGGCCCCCGGCCUGGUCCUGUCCUGGCCGGCGAGCAGGAGGAGUUGCAUUACGCUCCCAUCCGCGUCCUGGGCCGGGGGGCUUUUGGGGAGGCCACCUUGUACCGCCGGACUGAGGAUGAUUCACUUGUAGUAUGGAAAGAAGUGGAUCUUACCAGACUAUCAGAAAAAGAACGCCGUGAUGCUCUGAACGAGAUUGUUAUCCUUGCUUUGUUGCAGCAUGAUAACAUCAUUGCCUAUUACAAUCAUUUCAUGGACAACAACACACUGCUGAUUGAACUGGAAUAUUGUAAUGGGGGAAACCUUUAUGAUAAGAUUCUGCGACAGAAGGACAAAUUAUUUGAGGAAGAGAUGGUGGUGUGGUACCUCUUUCAGAUUGCAUCAGCAGUAAGCUGUAUCCAUAGGGAAGGAAUCCUUCACAGGGAUAUAAAGACACUGAAUAUUUUCCUCACCAAAGUAAAUCUUAUAAAACUGGGUGACUAUGGCUUGGCAAAAAAGCUAAACUCUGAGUAUUCCAUGGCUGAAACUUUGGUAGGAACCCCAUACUACAUGUCUCCAGAACUCUGCCAAGGAGUAAAAUACAACUUCAAAUCUGAUAUCUGGGCAGUUGGCUGUGUUGCCUUUGAGCUCCUCACGCUGAAGAGAACUUUUGAUGCAACUAAUCCCUUGAACCUCUGUGUGAAGAUUGUGCAAGGGAACCGGGCAAUGGAGGUUGAUUCUAGUGUUUAUUCUCAGGAGCUCAUUCAGAUGGUGCACUCCUGUCUUGACCAGGAUCCUGAGAAGAGGCCUACUGCUGAUGAGCUGCUUGAGAAUCCUGUUAUCAUCAGGCGCAGGAGGGAGAUGGAGGAGAAAGUUGCAUUGCUUAAUGGCCCAAACAAACGACCAAGAACCAGCACCAUGAAUGAUGCUCCCAUUGCUGUGGUGACUUCACGCACUAGUGAAGUAUAUGUAUGGGGAGGUGGGAAGUCCACUCCUCAGAAGCUGGAUGUGAUUAAAGGUGGCUGCAGUGCACGACAAGUCUGUGCAGGAAACACCCAUUUUGCUUUGGUGACGGUGGAGAAGGAGCUCUAUACUUGGGUGAACAUGCAAGGAGGCACCAAACUGCAUGGCCAGUUGGGACAUGGAGACAAAGCGUCCUAUCGUCAGCCAAAGCAUGUAGAAAAACUGCAGGGCAAAGCCAUUCACCAAGUGUCUUGUGGGGAUGACUUUACUGUCUGCAUUACAGAUGAGGGUCAAGUCUUUGCCUUUGGCUCAGAUUACUAUGGCUGUAUAGGUGUUGACAAGGCAUUUGGCUCUGAGGUGCUGGAGCCCAGACAGUUGAAUUUCUUCCUCAACAACCCUGUGGAGCAGGUUUCCUGUGGAGAUAAUCACGUGGCGGUGCUUAAUCGGAACCGAGAGGUCUAUACAUGGGGCUGUGGGGAAUAUGGCCGCUUAGGUUUGGAUUCAGAAGAGGAUCACUACCUCCCUCAGAGGGUGGAAAUUCAGAAAGCCUCCAAUAUUAUUUCAGUUCAGUGUGGCAGUGAUGGAACCUUUCUGCUCACACAGACAGGCAAGGUGUUGGCCUGUGGUCUGAAUGAAUUCAACAAGUUGGGUUUAAACCAAUGCACUUCAGGGAUCAUUAAUCAUGAUGCUUACCAAGAAAUUCCAUAUACCACUACCUUCACUCUGGCCAAGAAACUCUCCUUCUAUAAGAUUCGAACUAUUGCCCCAGGAAAAACCCACACAGCUGCCAUAGAUGAGAGGGGUCGUUUGCUUACCUUUGGCUCCAACAAGUGUGGGCAGCUGGGUGUUGGAAACUAUAAGAAGCGUCUGGGUAUCAAUCUGCUGGGAGGACCCCUUGGGGGGAAGCAGGUCAUCAGAGUCUCCUGUGGUGAUGAGUUCACCAUAGCUGCUACUGAUGAUAACCAUAUCUUUGCCUGGGGUAAUGGUGGGAAUGGCCGUUUAGCAAUGACACCAACAGAGAGGGCUCAUACAUCUGAUAUUUGUACAUCAUGGCCUCGACCCAUUUUUGGUUCUCUCCAUUAUGUCCCAGACUUAUCUUGCCGUGGUUGGCACACCAUCAUAAUUGUUGAAAAAGUUAUAAAUUCAAAAAUCCUUCGUUCCAGUAGCAGUGGCCUGUCCAUUGGGACUGUUGCUCAGAGUUCCACAACUGAAGGAGGAGAAGAGGAGGAAAGCGAGCGGGACUCAGAGAUCCCGGAACCCAGCAGAGAAUUCCGGGGAACCAUGGAAGCAGACCGUAAAAUGGGAGAUCGGAUCUGUGCAAAUGAAGCAGUUGCAGAUAGCAGUGCCGCCAGCAAUUCCUGCCCGAGCUGGCUGCGCAAGGAGCUGGAGAGUGCAGAGUUUAUUCCCAUGCCUGAAAACCCCUGUCUUGGGAGUUUAGCAUCUUCAGAGUCUGACAAGGAAACUCUUCCUUAUGAUGAGCUGAAGGGACUCCACAUGGCUCCACCCACACCUGUUGAUAUUAACAAGACCAAUGCAGGGUCCUGGCACCUUUUGAAUUCAGCAGAACCCUGUAGUAGUGAGAAAACCUCUGCUGUAUCAUCGGCAUGUAAAUGCAGCUUGCUACAGGCUGAAGUGGAGCAUCUGAGUGGCUUGCUUUCAAAGUGCUUGGCUGACCAAGAGAAGCUUCAGCAAGAAACCACCCGUCUCAGUGCCCAGCUCCAGAGUCUCACAAGAAAGAUGCAAGGAACGCAACAGUUGGAGGCUCAUUCCAAAGCUACACAAACCACCAAAGAAGAGAUGGAAGCAGAUGCAAAACCUGACUUGGAUUCUGACUCCUGGUGCCUUCUGGGAACUGACUCAUGCCGCUUUAGCCUGUAGCCUUUUGAGUCUGGUGAAAUUCAUCCAAUCUCUCAGCACAUCGAAUGCAGAGAUCAGCUUUCCUGGCUUCAGGUCCUUUGUGAACAAGGAGGUCAGGAUUUUCACAGCAUCCAUGUAUACAAGCGGGGAAGCAUGUGAAACUAUGGAUUUAGGAGAUAAUUUAGAGAGAGGCCAAGACCCACAUUGAAGCCUGGGUUUAUUCAGACAUCAUGUCAGCAGCAGUCCCUCUCUAUAUACAUUCUGUCAGCCUGACUUUGAAGCCAGCUAGCCACAGGAUAGAAAUGUCUCCAAUAACAGCACAUCCUUCAUUUCUUUCCCAAUUUCUUAAGGGUAGCAUUGAGUCACUUACAGUAAUAACCUCACGUUCAGGCAACUGAAAUUGGAAAAUGAUUGAAAGGAGAAAAUCAAAUAAAUAAUCACUGUCAGUUAAACUGAUAUCCUCUUUUAAGUUGCCAUCAGCCAAAAGUCAAAGAGGCAGGAUCCCACUCUGUUUACAGGAGACAGUACCUAAGAAAGUUCUUGUUUUGAAAGUGGAUACACAAGCUUCCAAAGCAGAAGAAUUACGUCUUUCACUUAGAUGUUUUAGCCAUAUUUACUCCAAUCUAUACAGAAGGUAACUUAAAGGAUAUUUGGGAAACUACUCCAUCUACAGUAUUCCUACUGUACACACUUCAGACCAAAGAGAACUGGCUAAAUUUCCCAGCUGUUCAAAGAAAGAAUCUAUAGUUCUAGAGUUCACAGCAGCUGUUUUUGAGGCCCAACAAGUGUGUGGAAUUUGAAAUUAAGACACCCUCUUAGUGCCCCAUCUGUUCCACCUGGUAUAAAUGCCAAAGCGGUUGAAAGCCCCUUUCUUUGUGCCCUCUCUCAAAUGUGUAUUUUUGUUUCAUAUUGAAUACUUGACAAAAUGAGCUGUGCUGGUUUGAAGACAAUGCCUCCAUCCAAUGGAUUUACCAGCGAUAGAUUACCAUAUAUAAAUUCAGAGCAUUUCUUGUAUUCUUGGUACUAAGCUGUAUAGGAAGAAGUGUUGGACACAGAAUUUCCCCUUUUCUCAUUUAAAAAAAAUCAGUACAUUUACUAAAUUGCUUUUGUACUUUAUGUAUACUUUUGACACAGCUGUGAUGUUUGCGAGACAUAAUCCAUAUGAUUCAUUUAUCAUCGGGUGGGAUUCCCAAGGUCCCUUAUUUUAAUAACAUAUUUUGACUUCCCAAAACAGUUCUUCCUCAUGUCCCUUUUUUGAGGAUGCAAUCAUCAUCAUAUUCCCUUGUACAGUAUUCUCUUCUACAAUUAGAUCAGACUGAUGUACUUUCUUCUAUCUGGAGGUGGGUGAAAGAGCAUCUUACCCAAAUAGGACAUUUUGAAAGAGUUACUUGAGUCUAUCUAAUGCUUUUUUUGAGAGAUACAAUAUUUGUCUUACAUUCAGCCUCAAUGCAAAGAAGUCCUUGGUAUUAGUGGGGGGGAAUAUAAAAAUAAAAAAUGCCAAAUGUUCAAUAGAUCAUUUACAAUCCCAAAUUGUAAACUGUGCAAUGCUCUGAUAUGAAGAGAGAGAGAGAGAAAAGAAACAAUAGACCAUUGUGGCAUUGGUUUGAUUUCACAUCUAAAAUUAUCAGUGCUAUUUUAUCAUUUUCAUAUGAGAAUUCUGUUGCAGCUCCGUAAUGUUCCUGUUCUAAAGUAGGAACUAAAAAGGAAAUAAAGCUAGUUCCUGUCUAGCCAGGAAUUACUGAGCUGAUGGGAGUCACUCUCUGGCAGUGUGCUAUUUGUUUCUUAGUGUGUCACAUUGGCAAAACAAAGUACACAGACAAAAAUCUAGUGGAGGACUGAUUACCAUACUGAGUGUGACCUGUACUCCACAACAGUAUAUGUGCCUUAAAGGAUUCACGGUGUCCUAGCUGUGCCUGUUACAGACCACAAUAUAUGCACCAGCUCUGCUAUGCAACCAAAGAAGCAGUUUUCAACACAGAUCCUGCCCUAGGCUAGAGGAUGAGGGGCAAAUAGGCCAGCGUGCCUUUGAGCAGUCUGAGAUCUAUUUUCCUUCUCCCUUUUCAGCAGUGCUAGUUCUGUAGAUGUCAAGUCUCUUUCUAGCAUUGCUGUUGAUUUGUUAUAGUGGAACACAGCAUACGCUUGCACUGACACUCUAGCCAAAAACUAGGUUGUUAUUAUCUAUAUUUGAAAGAUUCAGUGGUGGCAUGGUGUGACGUUUUCUGUUUAAAUAAAUAUUGACACUCA